AUGCCGCCGCCGCCGCCUGCUGCUGCGCAAGCUACACCCGACUACUCCAAGCCCAAGCCCGGUGAGCAGCCGCCCGCGGAAGCGGAGGAGGCCCCCCUCCCGCCGCUCUCCGCGAAGGAAUUUCGGGUGUAUAAUCGGUUGGCGGAGCAUAUGGAUCAGUUUCACACCCACUUCCGCCACACCUACGCAACCCUCCAAACCGCGUGCGCCCCAGCCAACAAAAAACCCACCCUGCCCCCAAAAGCCCUGAUCACCCUGGGGCUGGAAUUCUGCCACCACCUCACGAUGCACCACACGAUCGAGGAGCGGCACAUCUUCCCCGUGCUGGCGCGCCGGAUGCCAGAGUUCCGGCGCGAGCUGAGCCUGGUCGGCCAGCAUAAGGUGAUCCACCGGGGGAUGGACGCGCUGGAGCGGUAUCUGGAGGGGUGUCGGCGGGGGGAGACGGAUCUGGAGCGCGGGGAGGUGAAGCGGUUGCUGGAGGGGUUUGGGACGGUGUUGUUUGAACACCUCGACCAGGAGGUGGAGGCGUUGCGGGCGGAGAAUAUGAGACGGUAUUGGAAGGUCGGGGAGAUGGCGGGGUUGCCUAUGUGA